UCCCAUCCACUCCUGUGUGCCUGUUUCCGUCAACCAGGGCGAGCGUCCCUCAGCUCUUCCCAGUUGUCUGGCUGCCGCCAGGAGCAAUCAAUCGUUGGCACAGCUAUUUCCAGGGAGAGAUACAGGCAGUGAGGAGCGGUCGGAGUACCCCCAGAGCCACAGGUGGUGGUGACACGACCAUUGAAGGGCCAUACCACGUCUUCCAGACAUCAGAAAAAAAUAGGCGAACUUUGAACUAUUUGUGUGAGAGGUGUAGGUAGGUUGUUGAACCGAGUUCCCUCACUCGCCUCAGUGGCUGCCCGGCAUGGAGGGACAGCACAUCGGACACGUGCUGAGGCGCCACUCUUAACACUCGCAAAAAUGAGUAGUGUGUAGUUAUCUGAAAUACUAUUGAGUUUAGAGUUGUUCGUAACUGAGAGUUGUAAAGAAUUCGAGACAUUAGUUCUCUGGCCCCAGUCAGGGCAGAAGUCCCUGACCACCCACCAGGCACAGACCGCUGCCGCGCCCGCGUCCCCACGACAAUGGCCGGGCCUCGACUCCCGCUGCUGCUCACCUUGACGCUGCUCCUCACGCCGCUGAGCCUCACCGACACAAGCACCCAGACUUCCUUCGGAGAAAAUUCUACUGCCGAGACUGUGCGGUCUGCGAAACACAACGACGAGGGUGGUGGCGACGGUGACGGCGGUGAUGGCGGCGUGGAGGGUGAAGUCAGAGGUCAAAAGGGUGUCGUGGGCUCUGCUGCGACGGCUCUUUGGGAAAAGCUCCGUCCUUUCGUUGACGGGGAAUACACCGACGGUACUGAUGGUCUUCAGGCAAGGAUCAGGCGUCGGCUGCUGAGGGUGGCCGAGGAGGAGGUCAGUCUGUACAGUCGCUCCGCCGCCUACACGUGGCCAGACGAUCACUCAAGAGCAGCAAACCAAACCAAGGCAGCCAGUGCAGCAGGCGACGAGGACAACAGCCACGACGACGAUGUUGGGAGCGACAUGGAAUAUGAUAUCCCCCGCGAUGUUGGUGACGAAGACCCGUGCGGCUACGAUGACUACUGUGACAAUGACGACGACGUGCGACGAAGCAAGAGAGACCACCCUCAGGAACGACCCCAGGCUUAUGACAUGCGCGGGGCGGUGCUGCUGGAGCGGGUGGAAGGCAUGGUGUCGCUGGGGGCAUGGGUAUCCCUGGGCGUGCACGUGACACAGUGGCACGGCCGCCUCAUCCUUGCCGUCCUUGACACCAGUAUGAGGGUCACCCUGCACGCUGUCAGCCCGGGGACGCUUGAGGUCGCGUCGUCGCCGUCCUUCCCUGCCCUGCACAGCUGCAGCUUUGCGGUGGUGCCCGUUGAUCGGCUCCUCCUGGCCUGCAUCUCGCCCAACGGGAGCUCUGUGGUCCACGGUGUGCAGCAGGCGGCGGGGCGCGAAGUGGCGGUGUACAAGGUGAGUGAGGAAACAUUCGGCGCCGGGAAGCUCGCCGUGAAACACCACCAAAGCGUCGAAGCGAAGAACCCCGUUGACCUCGAGUUGUGGAGCAGAGGCCAAGAGAACUACCUGCUUAUUGCCAACGCGGAGGAGGCCGUGGAGGCGUACAGCCCGUGGGGGGAAGAGCUGACCAACAGGACCACCUACCACACCUCCUCUCUCCUCUAUCACUGGAAUGAUCACUACUUCGACGGCCUCCAGCAGCGGGUCCUGCCGGGCACCAACCCACACGCCGUCACUCAUUUCACCAUCGGCCGCCAACACUUCGUCGCCAUGGCCAACUUCCAGAACAACAAAGGCCAGCACAACGUCGACAGCUACGUCUUCCAAUACUCCCUGGAGGAAGAGCAUUUCGUCCUUUUCCAGCGCCUCGCCACGAGGGGCGCUCGCCACUUCGCCAGUUUCACUCUUGGACGGCACCCCUUCGCCGACACUUUCCUCGUCGUAGCAAACUUCUGCGAGGACAAUAUAGGAGGCGCGUGCGAUACCUUCACACGGUCUUCGAUCUACCGCUACGCCCAGAGGAAGUUCGUGCUGUUCCAGGAGGUGGCCACCGCGUACGCUGUGCAGUGGCAGGCCGUGCAGGUGGAGGACACUGUGCUGCUGGCGGUGGCGCAGCUGGUGGAGGGUGUGAAGCUGUUUCAGUAUGAUGGGUGGAGAUUCGUGGCGGCCCCUGUGCAGCACUACGAGGGUCGUUUUGGCCCGGGGGUGACGGGGCUGGCGGCGGCACGAUGGAACGGCACCUAUGUCCUCGCCGUGUCCAACCGGGAACCUGAGAACUCGCCGGCUCAAUCUCCUGACGUCUUUAAUCUUACCUUCAGGGAGAACACGUGGCUGCAGAAAGUCCACCUCGAGCACCAUGCGUGGUGUGAGGCUGCCCGCGAGGAGGUGGCCCGCGUGGGGGAUUUGUCGUCGCUGAUUCAGCAGGUGCAUUCCGCCCCGACCAACGGCCAGCCCCACGUGUUCACCCAAUACUCCAUCAUCCGCGGCCACCUCACGGUCCAACGCAACAGCUCCGUAACACAGGUGUUCGAACGGAGGACGGGCAGUAGGAUGCCUGUCAUGCUGGACAGCCUCACCCAGACGCUGGUGGCCAUGGAGCAGGAGGUGCAGCGGGCGGCGACCAGGCUGUCUCACGCCAUCAGCCUCACCAGUCCCUACCCUUGGCCAGCCGAACUUCACUUGGCUCAUCUGUCCGCGGGCUGGGCCUCGGUGGAGCACGUGGAGGCGCUGCAGUUGAAUCAACGGCGGGUGUCAUUCGAGGACGCAGUCACGCUGGACGAGGCUGGGGCACAGCACUUGGCAGGCCUCAGUCUGGCUCACGUGGAGAUCCAGGCCCCUGCGAGGAUUACGAUGCUGGCAGGCGUUCCCUUCUCUUCCUACGUUACGCUGAGUGGCCGCCACACCCUCCACGGGCAAGUUACCAUCCUCGCCAACGUUAGCGCCGCCGGCCUGCUCGCUCUGUCUGUUGACGGUGUCCACAUCACUCGAAAAUCCGUUCUUACCGCCAACGAGUACCAGUACCUGAAAGGUCUCCUCACCUGUCAGCACUUGAGCGUCGAUUCCAUGGAGGUGAUCACCAUCAACAGCAUACCGCUCUCGCCGCUCCUCUCCACACUAGUAUUCAGGGACGGCCGCCACACAGUCAGCGGUUUGGUGCGCGUGAGGGGCGACUUAGCCUACUAUGGGAACCUGAAGAUCAACCUCACUACGCACCUCGACCUAGAGAAUCCGCUACGAACUGACUACACUGGACUGCAGGUCAUCACAAGUGAUCACCAGGCUGGGGGGCUGGCGACGCAGGUAAUGGCGGUAGAGGGGCGCGUCAACGGAGUGCGGGUUCCCGCCGACGUGUUCCUCAACGGCAGGCAGUACUCGUACAACGUGCCCCGGGCCGCCUUCAGAAACGUGCGAGCCGAUUUACUCUCCGUGACCCGGGCACUCAACAGCCUCACGGUGAGCGAGGGACGCCUGGACGUGUUGCUACUGUCGGGGGAUCAGCAGGUGACAGCCCACAAGAUGUUAUCGUCGCUUCAUGUGUUGCGGAGCGAUUCGCCUGAUGUCGGCACGCGACGGCGUCGGUGGUCCAGUGAAAGCUGUGGCUCCUCGAAGGCCAACAAACCGAAGACCCCGAAGGACCGCAGCGAGGCGUUGCUGUUGUCUCUGAAGGGCGUGGCUGCUGCACGGCAUCUCCUUAGCUAUCUUGUGAAGGCACCGCAAGGCAUCUUGCUUGUUCCGGGACAUAGCUUGCACUUUUUUAAGGCACUAACACAAAACGUAGCCUGCGCUAUUUCAUCACUUGAGGAUGACUCCUGCUUUAAGCUUUAUAACAUUUUGCAGGAGGUAGAGUGGAUUAACAGCACUACACAGGAUGGAACUCUCUUGACAAGGAAAACUGUUUUGGAAAUCAUCAGUAAUGUGAAGCGGUAUAUCGUUAAAGAGGAGAGGGAACUUAAGAAAAUUAGAUUAACUUCAAAUGAUUUGUUGAAGAUACGUGACGUCACUGGACGAAACACACCAACCAGACAAGACAUCGUCAUUCUUAGUUCUCUUAUAUCUGUAGCAAGAAACCACGAGUUGCAUCAUCUGCCACCUGACAUAUUGUUUAACAACUGCGUGUUAGUUUGCCCAGAAAUUCGGGAGAAUAUGGCAGUGGACAAAAAUUUGCAAAAAACUUGCACCCCAAGUAUCACGCCAAUAUUUAAGGCGCUAAGAAGCAUGUCUCAAUAUUCGUCCAUCAUCAGAAGAAUGUGGCACCUUUCAACUCGCCAUUUCGGGAUGCUAGAAACCGGCGUAAUACACCAUCUCUUAGGGCGGCUACUGCAGACAGUGAGGAUGCAUAAACAGCUUAGGAAACAGAUCUAUGCAGCAGCUGUGUGCGGCAUAUCCCCUGAAGGAGGGAAGCAGAGUCUCCAGGUGCUCAUAAAGUAUCGACAAGAGGUGCAUCGUGAGGCUUUAAAUCUCUUCGUCUCCAGGACCAAGAGGGAAGCACCAGUUGCAAAUGAUGAACUGGCAGAGACAACUAAUAGUCCAUCGACUACUGAGUCUUUGUCCACUGGCGAUAACUCCACCGCUUCUCCAUCUCCGUCCUCAUUCACUGGAAAUCUAACAACUUCCACUGAGGACCAAACCAUUUCUCUACCCUCCACCACCCAGACCACAACCAUCUCCAAUGAAGACUCUACAACGUUUCCAUCCUCCACAGUCAAUGGCCCGGUCAUUUCCAGCGAGGAAUCCACUUUCUUUCCUUUUACCACUGCCACUAAUUUGACUAUUUCCGGUGAGGACUCGAGCACUUCAUCCUUUAUCAAUGAAGACACGACCAUUUCCUUUGAAGAUUUGACCGAAGCUCCGCCAUCCACCGUACUGCUGACCGGUUCGAAUCUGACAUUUACCCCUCAUCCACCCUCCACUACUGAAGAUGUUACCAUUUUCAGCGACAGCUCUACGACUUCUCCAUCCUUCACCACCAAAGAUUCGAACAUUUCCAGUGAGAUAUCGACCAUUCCAUCCUCUACUCCUGAAGAUUCAACCAUUUUCAGUGAGAUAUCGACCAUUUCAUCCUCUACUCCUGAAGAUUCAACCAUUUCCAGUGAGAUAUCGACCACUUCAUCCUCUACUCCUGAAAACUCAACCAUUUCCAGUGAGAUAUCGACCACUUCAUCCUCCAAUACCGAAGAUUCAACCAUUUCCAGUGAGAUAUCGAUCACUUCAUCCUCUAACCCUGAUGAUUCAACCAUUUUCAGUGAGAUAUCGACCACUUCAUUCUUUCCCCUUGAAGAUUCAACCAUUUCCAGUGAGAUAUCGGUUACUUCAUCCUCUACCCCUGAGGAUUCAACCAUUUUCAGUGAGAUAUCGACCACUUCAUUCUUUCCCCCUGAAGAUUCAACCAUUUCCAGUGAGAUAUCGAUUACUUCAUCCUCUACCCCUGAGGAUUCAACCAUUUUCAGUGAGAUAUCGACCACUUCAUUCUUUCCCCCUGAAGAUUCAACCAUUUCCAGUGAGAUAUCGGCUACUUCAUCCUCCACCACUGAAGAUUCAACCAUUUUCAGUGAGAUAUCGACCACUUCAUCCUCCAAUACCGAAGAUUCAUCCAUUUCCAGUGAGAUAUCGAUCACUUCAUCCUCUAACCCUGAGGAUUCAACCAUUUUCAGUGAGAUAUCGACCACUUCAUUCUUUCCCCCUGAAGAUUCAACCAUUUCCAGUGAGAUAUCGAUCACUUCAUCCUCUCCCUCUGAGGAUUCAACCAUUUUCAGUGAGAUAUCGACCACUUCAUUCUUUCCCCCUGAAGAUUCAACCAUUUCCAGUGAGAUAUCGGCUACUUCAUCCUCCACCACCGAAGAUUCAUCCAUUUCCAGUGAGAUAUCGAUCAAUUCAUCCUCUAACCCUGAGGAUUCAACCAUUUUCAGUGAGAUAUCGACCACUUCAUUCUUUCCCCCUGAAGAUUCAACCAUUUCCAGUGAGAUAUCGGCUACUUCAUCCUCCACCACCGAAGAUUCAACCAUUUUCAGUGAGAUAUCGGCCACUUUAUUCUCCACCACCGAAGAUUCAACCAUAUCUAGUGAGAUAUCGACCGUUUCAUCCUCCGCCACCGUAGAUUCAACCAUUUCCAGUGAGAUAUCAACCGCUUCAUCGUCCACCAACGAAGAUUCAACCAUUGCCAGUGAGAUAUCAACCGCUUCAUCCUCCACCCCUGAAGAUUCAACCAUUUCCCGUGAGAUAUCGACCACUUUAUUCUUCACCUCUGAAGAUUCAAUCAUUUCCAGUGAGAUAUCAACCGCUUCGUUCUCCUCCACCGAAGAUUCUACCAAGAUUUCCGGUGAAAUCUUGACCAGUUUAUCUUCCACAACCGAAGAUAAUUCGACUUUCAGUGAAGAGCCUUCCGUUUCUUCUUCCAUCAGCCAUCGUCCGACCACUUAUAGUGAGAACUCUACUACUCCAGUUUCCAUCACUGAAGACCUGACCGCUACUAUAACAGUGCGUGAAGACCCAAUUCCUUCCCUAACUUUUGCCACAGCGGACCCUGCCACCUCCCCUACCUCUACCACUGAGGACUCGACUACCUCCCUAACGUCUUCCCUCCACUAUGCAACUCCCAGUACAUCCCUGGUUCCUUUGGAAGAAAUAUUGGCUCGUUCUUUUGGUUCUUUUUCAUCUGGUUCUGAAGGAGAGACCAUUAAUGAGGACAGCAGUGCUGAUAUUAAUAACUUCUUUAAUGCAUUAUUGAAUCUUACAACGACUCUCCAUACAGAAAUGGCAACGCCCUCAACGUCUACUUCUGAAGAACCUGUGGAUGAAGACAAUCUUGGCGGCAUUUUUGAUGCAAUAAAAAACCUUGCAACGACGACUCCUGCAGAAGAGACAACUCUCGUAACGACUGAUUCUUCUGAGAGCACUCCAAAUGAAGACGAAAAUGGUGGCUUAGAUGAUAUUAAUGGAUCAGAGAAUCAAACGACUACUCGACCUGCUGAGGUCACAACUCUGGAAACUGAUGUUUCUGAAGGCACCAUGGUUGGGGACAGUAACGGUGACUCAUUACUUGGUGCAAUAAAAGACCUUGCAACGACUGGUUCUUCAGAAGUGCAAACUCACAAAACUGAUGAUUUUAUUGAAGAUACAACUCAUUUAACAACUGAUACGACAGAAAACACAACAAAGGUAACGACUGAUCCUGUACGAGACACAACCCCCUGCAUCGACUGUCCUGUGUUGGAGAGCAACUCGUCGGUCGACACAGACAACAAUAUUUUGAACUACACAACUUCUUCAAAUGCAACUCCCUGUUUCGAAUGUAAUGAGGUCACAACUCUGGAAACUGAUGUUUCUGAAGGCACUUUGGUUGGGGGCAGUAACGGUGACUCUUUACUUGGUGCAAUAAAAGACCUUGCAACGACUGAUGCCUCAGUCGACGAAUCAGCCACAACUGUCCAGCGACUCCUUACUACAUCAGAGGAAGAUACAACAACCGAAACGGCGGUUGACGGUUCAACGCAAAGUAUCACUACAAAUACCUUCGAAGAGGGUUCACACAACGUAACUACGGAGACAUCAACAGCACACUCAUCCUCAGGAGGUGAAACAACCCACUCUACAAAAGAGGCUGCAACGCCAACUUUGGUAUCGCAAGACAUCACCUGCGCUAUUAUCACAGAAAGUCCACCCACAGACCCGGAAGAGCCACUGGAAGUCAUGAUUAAAUUUUCCGAUGAAAACAGCGCCAUGGAAGUGCGUCGCUCUGUCACCAAGGCCGACCCGAUGCUUGUGCCUUUGUCGAUUUCGCUGAACUAUGACAAUUGCAGCAGCCUGUCUCUGGCUCUUUUGCAAGACUCUGACCACCUAAUGUAUUUGUACCCCCGGCUGCAGAUGACUUCCCACUACCUCUUCACUGUGUUGCAGUCGCAAGGCAACGUUGAUUCAACGGAGACAUCAGAGUAUGACGUUGGCUUGGAGGGAAGCAUGUUCGAUGGUUUUGGCUUCAUAAUUGAUACUCUCAAGAAAUUCGUUCUGGACCCCAUCAAAUUCCUAGAAACAUUGGAUAGUGAGAGACUACAGAGUGAUUUCGAGUUUUUGGAUUUUGUGUUCAGUUUCGCUUCGUCCUCGCACUACCACUAUUGGUCCGACAGGUUGCGAUAUAGGGCGUUGUACUUAGAGAGACUUUUGGAUGUCGGCAUAACGAUCGUUGACAAACUUAAGAAAUGCUUUGAAUUUCUUUCUCCAGUUUCUACUUCUGUCACUGAAACGACGACGGUGUACUUCGUUGAUCCCGAAGAAAUGCCCGAGAUUAUGCAUGAUCUUGAACGACAACUCGUGAGUAAUGAGGAAUUGAUAGAGAGUUUGACUAUCCUGCUGAACUUUACUCGAGACGUUCAAGCGUUCAAUCCUUACCUGAACCCGAGGUGUCCCUCGCCACACACCAUCGACCACGAGUUUGUAGCCUACGCAAUCGAGGCGGCAAGAGAGACACUUGAUAUGAUAUUGGCGGACGAGCUCAAGUUUGUAUCAGAAUAUAACUCCAGCGUUUUGGCCAAUCAGCUUUUGCAGCUGAGAGAUGCUAUGCAGCUGUGCCUGAUGGCAGAUAAACUUUCUCCUGAAAUUGAGGCGUACCUUAGUCUUCUCUACAACAAGAAUGGAUCACCGAUGGCAAGAGACUCCGAGAAACUGCUGUCUGUUCGUAUUUACUAUCUACUGAGAGCCACUCACGGCCUAGUGGACUACAUGAAUGUCAUUACUGAAGAACACACCAUUAAGCACGAGGUUUCAAGUUACCCUCCCAACGUCGUCCCCUUGACCGACUGGAACUGGGACGGUCUUUGGUUAGCGGGUCGUCUUGAGGGCUAUUCCAUCUCCCAGUUACUUGAGGAUGCGAAGCUUCACCCUACUCUUCAAAAAGAAUACACUGCUUAUUUCGAUCCUGCCUUCUCCAGCUACUCAAGCUUCAUAGCGGAACACAGGGAGAAGGUGCGGCACCUCGUGUUUCGGGCAGGGCUGGGCACGGUCUCCGUGCAGGAACAUGGGGUGAUGCGGGUGGUGCAACACGCCCUGUGGCUCACCACUACUCCCGCCACCUCACUCACCUUCGCCGCACCCGUCACGGUGGUCGGGUCAGUGACGGCAUCUGUUAUUAAUGGAACGCCUGCCGAUGCCUUCGUCACCCUGGGUGGCCAACACGUCCUUCCACAGCCCUUUGUUUUCACGGGUUCCGUUACGGCGGCGGCUCACGUGCUUUUGCGGGGCGAGGUGAGCGGCGUUGACCUGGCCCUGCUGAGCCGGAGCGUGGCGGUGACGUCCCCAGUGGCGAGCCAGAAGCUGCUGCAGCCCGUCACCUUUGCCAGGGUGUCCGCGGCCAGCGUGGUGUUCGCACAUGGCCGGGUGAGAGACGUGCCUCUGGAGGACUUGGUGCGGCUGGACCGCCCCGCAGCCAUCACGGGGAUAAAAACCUUCACCGAGCUGACGGUGCGGCUGGGCGGGACGAGGGCCUCCAACCUCAUUGCCCAAUUCAUCAGCGGCGUCAAUGUCACCGACCUCUUCUUCAACUCGCUUACCACAAACCCAGGUGGGCCGCAGGUGGUCACGGGAGCCCUGCACCUGCGACACCUGGUUGUGCGGCGUAACGUCACCACCCACAGACUCGUCUACCUGGAUCCCCUCGGCACCCCCCACACUCUCAACCUUCCCAGCCUCGCCAGCCGUAUGGUGCCCCUGCACGGCGAUACCAUCCUCACGGGAAGCCUCAACUUCACUGGUGUCGUGUACGUGAGCGCACUACUCUUUAGAGAUUCGCUUGAUAGGGUGUCCGCCGCCCAGUUCCGGGACGGAUGGCUCUUGAGAGCCGGCGACCAAGACAUCCUGGGUCCCGUGUCCUUCCUCAACAUCACUAUCUACAAGGCAACAGUGCUCCACGGGGCCACGCUGCAGGGCGUUGACCUCACCCGCCUGUUUGGGGCCACUUUCCUGACCACGCAGCCCGUCACUCUUCACGCCACCUUCGCCUUCCGUGGGCUUGUGUGGGCGGCGUGGACGAUGGUGGAUGGUCUGGUGCAGGGGUGGGACCUUGGCACCCACGCCGUCUUGCAACACUCGUCCGGCGUGGUGUUCACUGCCGCCAAGACCUUCCUGGGCAACAUGCAUGUCUCCGGCGCCAUCACGUCUGGCAGUCGCGCGGACCACUGCCCUUACUUCCCCAUCAAGAACUUCACCAUCCAAGGCCAGGUGUUGGCGAAUAAUGCUCUGAACGCCGGCUCGGCGGUGAUGUCGAGCCACGAGGUGACCGCCGAGGCUGCGACGCAGUACUGGCUGGCGGACACUUCCGCGAAAGUUGCCGUGUCCACACUGAGGGUGGUCAAGCUCAACUACUCCACGGCGACCAAGGUUAAUGGCGAGGAUCUACAGGACCUUCGCUCAGACUUGCUGCAAAAGUACUGUGACACUGGCGAGGUGCAGAGGGUGGUGGGCAACUACACCUUCAGCAGUCUGGAGGUUGACGCGCUCUACACUCCCGCCAUUAACAGUUCCUUCAUCAACGGCGAGCCGGGUAACAGUUUGCAGCAGGUGUUGUUCUCGGGCGGCACCCAGGUUUUCACCGGCCACCCAACCUUCGCCAGCCUCCACUCUGAAGGCAGUGUGGCCACCUCGGAAGCCGUGAACAAUGGCCUGAAGGGCAGUCAGCUGUGCCGCCACUCCCAGCGCUGUGUUGUCCGCAGUCCAAAGAACUUCCUGCAAGACCUGAUUAUCCUCAGAAACCUGACUGUGCUAGAGAACAGCUUGGUGCAAGGCGUGGAUGUGUCUCGUGCCCUGCAAAGCUGGGUGCCACAAGACUCGUGCGGUCACGUCCCGGGUCUCACUACCAUCACUGGAAACCUCAUCGUGGCCAGCAUUCCUUCCGUCAUCAGCGUGGGAGGCCUGGUGGACGGGGUCGAAUUCACAAGUCGUCACGUCAUGACCCGUACGGGACGCCAGACAUUGACGAAAACUUUCCUCGUGAACCAGCCCCACGGUGUCGCCUUGGAGAGCCUUGCUGGUCUGACUGCCUUGGACGGCCUGUUCAAUGGUUACAGCUUGUCGGACGCAUGGCGGCGGGCGUUUCUUAGUAAUGCCUCCGUGGUGGUUAAGGCACCGGUCGUCUUCAAGGAGAUUGUGGUGUUUAAGGACGCCAUCAGCCUCCAGACUCAAGACCCCGCGCCCUUGCCUAACUUCGGUGACUUCAAGCACUUCUUUGGCGACUUUUCUCGUCUGCACAGCCUCAGCGUCUUGAGCGAGCGCGCCCAGCUUGGCCGAGUCAGGGAAAACUGGGGAUGGCGCGUUGUGCAGGAACUAGACCCGCACCUGGAACGACUCUUGCCUCUCACUAUGGGAGCAGCAGCACCGAGGCCCCUCACCACGGCGCCCCUCUCCCCGAACCAUCACCUUGCCCUCCUCUCGGGGAGUGGCAGCGUCCCCGUCCUGCAACGAGAUCCUCACGCUGACCGCUACGCCCACUCCGGUGUGGUGCUGGCGGGCAGGUGUACCACUGGCCUCGUCAGCUACGCCUCUGAGGGUCGCAACUUCUUGGUGACGACACACGCCUGCCGCGAUGACCACACCACCGACGUCACCACCUCCGCCAUCCCCGACCCUGAGACUGACGAGAACCUGCACGUGUGGGAGGCGACACCCCAAGGAGCUGUCCUCAGGACCGUCCUCGGCGUACCCGGCGCCGUGGAUAUCCAGGUGGUGUGGCCUGAGGAUGACGGGAAUGUGUGCCUGGUGGUGGUGGAGGCGCGGGGCACGGACGUUGUGGUGCUGUGCGAGCGGCAGGCGGGCGUCUUUGCGGAGCACCAGCGACUCAACCUCACCAAGCCCACAAAGGUGUCCGCCGCCAUACACACGCCUCCCGUCGGAAGCAGCGGCCUCACCCUCGCUGUGGCGGACCCCGGGAGGACGGCGCUGAAGGGCGGAGGAAUCUCUCUCUUCCAGUAUGAUAAGGAACGCAGGGAAUUCCGCCUCUUACAGGAAGAGUUCCUGGAGGACGUGGUGUUUGUGGAGAUGGUGUCCCGCGGCACAGACUUACUGCUGGUGGCCGUGACAGAGGGCCACAGAGCGGGGCUGCGGGCCGGGCGCGUCUGUAUCUACAGAGUUGACUGGUACAGCUUGGACGGCCUCACACCCCUGGGCCACCGCGGGAGGCUGGUCAAGAGUGCUACUCCCUCGCCCAGGGUGGCCCGCCUUCCCCUCACGCCGCAGCUGUUCCCCGUGCAGGAGGUGCCCAUCGAGGCCCCCAGCGAGGCCAGGUUCCUAGCCGGUCCCUCAGGCGGCCUUUACCUGUAUGUCAUCAGCCACAGCGGCCUCGUCACCUGGUUCUCCCAAAAGGGCAUCCAAAUGUUUCAGAAGGAGGGAGAGAUGCGGGUGUUACGCAGGCUGACGCUGGAGGUGUGGGCUAUGGCUGGUGGGGAGUGGGCUCCCAGGAUGUCCUUGGCGGGCGGCAGGUGUCCACGCGGCAGCCACGAGGCCCCUAACCUGCCCACGCUCGUGCUGGAGAUGAUGUUCCGUGGCGGCAAUGCGACAGUGACGACGCCUUGAGAAUAGACGCACACACGUACACGCACACACGCACACACGCAUACAAGCACGCACACGCACACGUAAGCGCGCGCACACGAGUCAAAAGCGCCUGGAAAUUAAUCCACAAUAUCGCCUUGUCUUGACUGUUGUUGAUGUUCCCUUCUGACGAUGGCCAGUUGCGUUGACUGAUCAUAUUUUUGUUCUUUUCAACGCUCAGCAGCCACACACAAAAACACUAAUCAUCCACUCAAUGUAACUCUUAGGGCACAUUUUUCGCUCUAUUGAUGUGACGCCCGGCAGCCCCGCGCAAGAAGAAAACUAAAACGAAGCGAAAAACUACAACGCACGUUCAGCCUCCUUCGGCCGAGCACAGUCAUUUGUUUUCCAUUAAAUGAUCUGGAGUGAGGAGUGAGUGAGUGAGGAAUUAAAUGUUAAGAAAAUCCA